UUCAGAAAUGUCGAAAAUAAUUGGGAAAAUUGGUCGGCUGCCCAAAACGCUUUACGAACACAAAAAGAAGACGAUAUUCUUCUCGUUUUUGGGAUAUUUGGGUGCUGAUUGGGUUUAUAGAUGGGAUCGAAAUCAGGGAAUUCGUAAAGAAUAUGCAAAGAUUGCUGUUAAAUAUGGAGAGACCACCGUUUCACCCGAAACACGUCCGAAACGAGUAUUUGUUCUGGUGAAUGUAGAAGGAAAUUCACGUGGAUGCUUUGAUCAAUUCAAUAAAAAUGCUCUUCCAUUAUUCCAUCUUGCUGGGGUUCAGGUUGAUGUUGUUAAGGCCGAUAAUCAAGCUCAAUUGGAAGCUCUUGCCGGAGCAGUUGAUACACAAGAAGCUGAUAUUCUAUAUGUUGUUGGAGGAGAUGGAACAAUUGGAACUGUUGUCACUGGCAUUUUUAGAAAUCGAGAAAAAGCUCAACUACCCGUCGGUUUUUACCCUGGAGGUUAUGAUAAUCUUUGGCUCAAACGAAUGCUUCCAUCUGUAUUCGAAAACUCUGACGAUGUUCGACAUGCAUGUGAAACUGCAAUGGCUGUUAUUGAAGAUCAAAAGAAAAGUGUCUACGCAUUCGAACUAACAACAGAAGGCUCCACGUUGGCUCCCGAAUAUGGACUCGGUGACGUCAGUGCUGGCUGGUUUCGACAAAUCGAAGAUACUCGCAAGAAAUUCUGGUAUUUCUCAAUGGCCAAGAGACGGUGGGCUUAUUUUUGGGAAAUGCUUAAACGAGGCCCCGCCCCAAUCGAAUGCCACGUGGAAUACGAGGAAACGUGUGCUGGAUGUGAGAAAUGCAGGCCUAAACCAAUUAUUGAGGCACCACAAUGGAGAUGGUGGCAUGUACUUACUGGAACACCAAAAUAUAAAAAUAAUGAUGGGCAAAAAGAUUAUACGGGAAUAAUCAACGAAAAAUGCGGAGAAAAACAUGAACUGGACACACACGGAGCUGAAUUUCUUAUCGAAAAUGAACAAAUGAGUGAUUAUUCACAGAUUCGAUUCAGAAUGGGCGGUACGGAUAUUGGACGAUUUGGAGUAAUUUCUGAUGGAUUUAAACGAUGUUCUGAAGGAAUUGUUGGAAGAAGUACUGAUGAAAAGUUUUAUGGAACUGAUUUCUUGGCAAAUUCUGUUGCUUUUAAGAUUUCUGCUCUACCGUCCUACAUUCAUCGCCUCUACAUCUCAAGUAACGCUACACCAAAAGAUGCUGAACUCACGGAUAGACAAAUCACAAUUCGUGGAACUCAGAAGAAAUUGGACAUUUUCCUGCCAACAUCCAUUCGCCUGGAACUUUAAUGUCUUUUUAUUCGAUUUUUAUCGAUUUUUUAGGAUUUAGUAAGAAUUAUUUGUUGACUCUCUUUUUGUUGUUUUUCUCUUUAAAAAUAAGUAUAAAUAAAAAAGUUUUGUUU